AUGGGAGACGAGAAAAACGUACAUGCAUUGAAAGACAAGAAACAGAACUACAAGCAAAGAGUAGCAAAGCCCGAGCCAGUAAUUCGAUGUAAGUACUGCGGAAAAGACCACAUUAAGGGAUCUGAUCAUUGUCCAGCUUACGGCAGAUUUUGCAGUAAAUGUAAUCAGAAAAAUCAUUAUGCAGCAGUGUGCAAGAAUGGGAUGCAGCCAGCAAAACAUUAUUCCAAACAUAGGAAACCAAGAAAUCGUCAGAUUCAUCAGAUCGAAGAAAGUAAAGAAGACAGUGAUGACAACUUUUUCAUGUACUCACUUGACUCGGGAAAAGAAGAUGACUGGACGGUGCAAUUACUAGUCAAUGAUGCAAAACCCAUUAACUUUAAAAUUGAUACUGGUGCUCAGUGCAACGUUAUGAGUUUAAAAGCCUGUCAAGAUGCCAACAUCAAAAUGAAACAAUUGACGCGGAGUAAUAACAAAAUAGUCUCGUAUUCAGGCCAUGCAGUGAAAGCCUGUGGAAAAGUUCAAACCUUGGUGAGACACAAGGACCAAUAUUUUCUCAUGGAAAUUCAGAUAGUUGAUGAAAACGUUCAGCCCAUACUCGGAUUGAAAUCCAGCUUAGAUAUGAACUUAGUGAAUCGUGUGUACACAGUGAACAGAAAUCAAAGUACUGAAAGUGUAGAAGGACUACUCAAUGAAUAUGAUCAUUUGUUCCACGGAAUCGGAUGUUUACCUGGAAAGUACGACAUCAAAGUUGAUCACCGUGUUAAACCAGUAGUAGCACCACCCAGAAGAAUACCUCACACUUUGAAAGACAAAGUACGUGAAGAACUCCAAAGAAUGGAAUCCAUGAAAAUUAUCUCAAAAGUGAAAACUCCAACUCGUUGGGUUAGCCCCAUAGUAGUAGUGAAGAAACCUAGCGGCAAAGUUAGAAUUUGUCUGGAUCCUAGAGAACUGAAUAAAGCUAUAUUAAGAGAACAUUACCCUCUAAAGACUGUCGAAGAAGUUGCUGCAAGCUUGAAACAAGCGAAACACUUCACAACAAUGGAUGCAGCCUCAGGAUUCUACCAAAUACAGCUGACCGAGGAGAGUUCUUGGCUCACAACGUUUAAUACCCCCUUUGGCAGAUACAAGUUUGAAAGACUUCCUUUCGGGAUAUCUUCAGCACCGGAAGUGUUUCAGAGGGCGAUGUCUCAAGUGUUUGAAAAUCAGCCAUGUGAAGUCAUAGUAGAUGACAUUUUGAUAUGGGCAGAUAGUGAACAAGAGAACUUAGAGAAACUACGGCAAAUACUGAAGAGAGCUAAUGAUCUUGGAUUACGCUUCAAUAAGGACAAGUGUAAAGUCAACAAGAAAGAAGUUGAAUAUGUUGGACAUAUUUUCAGUGCAGAAGGUGUAAAGCCCAGUGACGACAAGAUCAAAGCAAUUUUGACAAUUCCAACACCAGAAAAUAAGAAGGAGUUGCAGCGAUUCAUGGGAAUGAUAAACUUUUUGGGCAAGUUCAUUCCAAAUCUGUCAGCACGAAAUCAACCACUGAGACAGUUGUUGGAAAAUGAAGUAGACUGGCACUGGGACGAGGCCCAAGAGAGAGCCUUCAAUGACUUAAAGGAAGCAAUCACCUCAACUCCUACACUGAAAUACUUUGAUGUCAGUGAUGACAUCACAUUAUCCGUAGAUGCAUCAUCUUUUGGAUUAGGUGCUUGCAUCAUGCAAAGAGAGCAACCGGUGGCUUACGCAUCUAGAGCCUUGAAUACAGCUGAGAGAAAUUAUGCACAAAUUGAAAAAGAGAUGCUUGGAAUUGUGUAUGGACUACAGAAGUUCAAUGAAUAUGUGUAUGGAAAAACUGUUUUAGUCGAAACUGAUCACAAACCACUAGAGAGCCUAUUCAAGAAACCCUUAUCCAGUGCACCACCUCGACUACAACGGAUGAUGUUAAAAGUCCAGCAACAUGACAUAGUAGUGAAAUACAAAGCUGGCAAGGAACUUUAUAUUGCGGACACAUUGUCUAGAUCCAAAAGUGAAACUAAAAAAGACCCACUUCUCAUGAAACUAAAGGAUACAGUUCUACAGGGAUGGCCGACAAACAAGAGAGACUUGGAUAGGGAACUUACUCCCUAUUGGAAUUUUAGAGAUGAAAUCAGCAUUGUAGAUGGCUUAUUGUUGAAAGGAGACCGCAUUAUUACACCAGAGAAGCUUCGACCAGAGAUGUUGAAAAUCCUACACAGCAGUCACCUGGGACAAGAGAAAUGCAUACAAAGAGCGAAGUCAACACUGUUUUGGCCAGGGAUUACUACACAGCUGAAAGACUUGAUAGAACAGUGUAAUAUCUGCAACCGAUACCGAAACUGUCAACAGAAGGAGCCAAUGAUAUCACAUGAGAUCCCAGGAUAUCCAUGGCAGAAAGUGGCAGCAGACAUUAUGUUUUUCGGAAACGCAAGAUAUCUCAUAACAGUUGAUUACUUCUCAAAGUUCAUUGAAGUGAAUCGCUUACCAGAUGGGAAAGCUGCUACAAUUAUUAACAUACUGAAACAGCAUUUCGCACGACAAGGAAUCCCUGAGGAGUUCAUCAGCGACAAUGGACCUGAGUUUGCAAACCAUGAAUUCCGACAAUUUGCUAAGGAAUAUGACUUCCAACAUACAACAUCAUCGCCGAGAUACCCACAGAGCAAUGGUAUGGCUGAAAGAGCUGUUCAGACAAUCAAAAACAUUUUCAGAAAAGCCUAG